GGCUUCGAUUCCAGACUUCGCUUUGCUUUCUUUCGUUUUGCUUUCUCUCUUUAUUCUCUUGUGCAACUGACAGACCAUCCUUGGUUUGCGGCAGGUUACUCACUUACGCUCCCGGAUAGCGGCGGAACCCCGUUCUUUACAGCUUCGCUGCUGUCGGAAUCGAAGGAUGUUGCUCUUCCUCCGCUAAGCUCCAGACUGAGUAUACCAGCUACCAGGAACUUUCGGUCGCUUGACAGACUGAGACCUUGAACGGGACCAUCGGAUAUCAGGAAAUUAAAAUUCACGGACAUAUCACAUCUACGCAAUGGAUCUCGCAAACACUCUCAUCCGGACCGUCGUCCGCACUUUCUACGAGACUCGCCACAUUCUUGUGGUUGAUGCGCUUUUCAUUCACUCUGUUCUUCACGCUGAAGACCUCGCUUUCCUUCUAGGCAUGCAGCAAAAAGACCUCCGCAAGCUCUGCGCAAAAUUACGCGAAGACCGUCUGAUCGCCGUUAAUACACGAGCUGAGAUCCGAGACGGCGCGACUCGUCCAGUGAACCGCGAAUACUACUUUAUCCCUCUCCACCCAGUCGUCGACGCGGUCAAGUACAAAAUCUCCAAACUAACCUCGACAAUCAAAGCACAAUACACGCCGAGCGAAGAACGAAAGGAAUACGUUUGCUUGCGAUGCAGUUCUGAGUGGACGGAACUCGACGUGCUGAGUCUCGUGAGCGAAGAAGGAUUUGAAUGUCAGAACUGCGGAGCCAUCCUCGAAAGAACAGAAGACGUAAAAGGAGCCGAUGGAAUCGACCGGACAGGCCAUGAAAAAAAUAGCAAACUCAUGGCCCAGCUUGAUGGAAUGUUGAAACUGCUCAAGCAAAUCGACUCCGUCGAAAUCCCCCCUAACGACUUCGACACAGCCUGGGACCACAAAGUCGACAUUAUCCGGAACCAAGCAACGCACCCAACCCGCACCGCAGUCGCCGUUCCCUCAAAACAACAAGAAACUGUUCGUGGCAAUGCCAAAACCGACACAACCGCCCUCGAAAUCUCUCUCACCUCAACCGAAGAGAAGAGCGCAGCGGAACAAGCCGAAGAAGCAGCCCGCAAGGCUGCAGUCGAGCAACAAAACGCCCUCCCAGUUUGGCAUACCCACUCCACCGUCUCAACUAGCGCCGGAAAUCUGGGCGUCAAGGCAGAGGAGGGCGUCGACAUCAAACCAGAUAUCAAAGGAGAAGAGGAGAAACCCUCCGCCGAUGCAUUGGACGACAAAGUUGCCGCGUACUAUGCGGAAAUGGCCCGCGAACAGGCUCUCCAGGCACAGGCAGAAGCCAGCAGUGCAGAGGAAGACUCGGACGAAUUCGACGAGUUCGAAGAUGUUGGCGUCUCUGGCAGUGGGUCUGCGACGCCUGCUGUUGGUGGUGCUGCACCGGCACCUACCAACAAUGCAACUGGUAUCAAGCGUGAACUCGAUACAGAUACUGGUUCUAGCGUCCCUAAGACAGAGUCUGUUACUUCCGCCACGGCCGAUGAAGGCCCGGCGGCGAAGAAGGUCAAGACCGAACCUGAAUCGGAGGUGAAGAAGGAAGAGUCCGAUGAGGAUGAUGAGGAGGAAUUCGAGGACGUCUAGCAGGCGACCUUGAGCAAAUAGGAGCUACAUUGCAUUCUGAAAAUGGGGUUAAUAUCACGGCGCUGGCCGCCGGAUCAAGAGGAGACUGACGAGGUAAGAGAUGAUGAUAGACCGGAUGGAUGGUUAAGCUGCAUUGCAUUCGUAAGUAAUUUAAACUGAUAUAGAAAUAUGUACUCUACGAAUAUAAUACCAAGAUAU